UGGUGGAGCUUAUAGCGUACUAAACUAGAUAAUAUAACCUUAAAGAUUUAUGGGAUAAGGCAGUAUAUAAAUUUAUACAUUUGUAGGAAACAUUUAUUGUUUAUCAAAAUUUGCAUAAAAUUACAAGUGUUUUGUUAUAUAAUAAAACAAAUAUAAUGAAAAUGAUAUUUCAAAUUACUGUGUAAUAUAUGUGCACUAUUCAUUUCUGAUUUGUUCUUAAAAUAAGUGUUGAAUUAUAUCCUUUUUGUAGUCACUAAUUUAAUUGUACAUUAUAUAGAUUUUCAAAUUUUGUUAAAUAAUUAAUUAUAUCUGAACAGUAUUAAGUAAAGUUUUAAUUUUAUUAAUAGAAAAGAAAGCUAUUAAUCUCUGCAUCAUGUCAGUCACAAAGGAAUUACCAGAACUACAAAUCUUCAAAACAGUAUUAUUUCACUGUGUAGUAAUAAUAGCCUUACCUGUGCUAUCAUUCUUUACUAGCAAAAUUUUUAUUUUUGAUGGUUUAUUGGGGCUUAAUAAUGUACCAAGCAACGUCUAUUCAGCUGGAGUUGCUAUUCUCGUGUUACACGUGGCUCUGGGAGCUUUUAUAUAUCGUGCAUACUUCGACGAUCAAUCGAAGACACAAACUAAGCGAGAUUAAACAUUUGUUUUACAUAUAUAUGUAAUUAAGUACAUCUUCUUGAUAACACAUUUAUUCGCGUAUACUCGUCGAAAGAAGGAUGUUACAUUGUAUUGCAUUACAUUCUGCAAUUCAUAUAUUUCCUUGUCAAAGUUUAGGUAAUAUUUUUUUAUUGAAUACUGUGAACUAUGUAAAUGGCGAGUAUAUUCUAUACUUGUAUCAAUUAAUGAAACAUAAUUACUAAAUAAAAAGCAAUGACAUUCCCACACAAAAUUUGCAUAUUGUACAGCACAAACUUUUUGUAAUAUACAUACAUCUACAUGGAAUGGAAUUCCAUUACAUUUUUUUUUAUGUUCAAAAAUUUUGCACUAGAUUAUUUUAUAUUUGAUAGUUUAUAGAGUAGUUUUGCAGUAUAGUUAAUAGUGCCUUCAUAUAUCGUAUCAGAUGCAUAAAUUAAUUGUAGUGCACUUUAUGAUCACAGUACUAGAAUUAUUAGGGGUGAAUUUAUAUUUAGAGUCCAUGUGUAGUUAAUAAAAGAUAUAAACACAAAUUCUUAUAUUAUGAAAUAUAAAAACAAUACGAAAGACUUACAAAAGCGAUAAAAAUUCGCCCCUAAUAACACUGAAUAGCAGCACAUAAUUUUUCCAUUUUCAUCUGGAAUAAAUAACAAAUGAAUUAUUAAUAUACAAAGCGAUGCUAUCGUUGUUUUUUUCAGUAUCGGUAAGAAACAAUAUUCUAAAAAAAUUAUAAGAACUUAAAAACAUUUAAAAUGUUGAUGAAAUUGUAUCCAAGUGCAAACAAUUCAAAACAGUAUAUACUUUACCUUCAGGAGAAGUUACGAGUUAUUCAUAAUAGUUUUAAAUACAACUUGAUUUUUAGAAAUUUCAUGUCAUCAAAAUUUGAUAAUGCUAAAAUACAAUAUAUAAUGUACAUGAUUUAAUUUAACAACUUUUUCUAAAUAUAUCACUGCCACCAAUGUAAAACAAAUCCUAGAACAAACUUAAUAAAUUUUAUUAAUGAAAUAUUAAUUUAUUUAAGUAUCGUAAAUGCAACAAAAGUUUGUGUCACGGAAUAGUUUGUUGUCGGCCUGGGAAAGUGUUGGAAUGAAUGCUUAUUGUAUUAAAUACAUAAAAUCGCCAGCGAUAUUAA